UCAAGUCACAUAAACAAAAAAUAAUUUCUAAUAUGUCGGCAUGGUUUUGUCACCAACUUGAGAUAAAGUAAUUUUUAAAAUGGGUAAAUGUGAUACUAAUAAGGUGAUAAAACAUCAUUUAAAACCUUAUAGAAAAACUGUUCUCGGUAGCAACAACUUAGCUAUUUUUUUGCGACCGUCUUUGACUGAUAUUAUCUCCUCGUCUAAAGUUACAUCUCAACUGCAGCAUGGUAAUGAAAAUCUUGAUGGUCUGUCUGCAAUAAACUUAUUCGAAAUGUUAAAAGAUAUUAAUAAAGUUAUGGUUAAAGGUACAAAACUAUACGAGAGUUUAAAGGAGUUGCGUCUUUGUGGCUGGAUUAUGCCUUAUACGUUGAUCUUAGCUGGACCUCAGGAAGACAUGAAGAUUGUUAAGCAUGCUUGGGUAAAAAGGCAUUUAAAAAGCCCACAAGGUUAUUUUAUCAGAGAUAUAGGUAUGGUUCAAGAUUUUGUGGUGGAAUUGAUACCUCAGUCUCCAUUUAUGUCUCUGACAACAGCAUUGUUUGAUGCUGUUGCUGAUCUCAACCAUCAAAACAUCUUCCCUACCAAGCACAACCUCUACGAUUAUCUGAAGAAGCAUUACCCUGAAAUCAAAACACCAGAAACUAGAGUUAUCCAUGACUGCUUGGGUAGGCUGAUAAAAAGUAGGCGAUUAUAUCACAACGGGCGUGGUUAUUUUGUGUUACAUAACGAGAAUGUUUUAAAUGAAGUUAUUGCUACAAAGGUAUUAGAGAAAGAAGCUCAUGCGAAAGAUGAAGCAUUGCUUUCUGUGAAAGGUUUUGCGCUCAGCAGUUCAAUGACAACGUCAAGUUCACCUGGACAGACAGACCUGGAGGUAAACGGUGACACUUCUGCUGCCCAACAGACCACCCCAGAUGUGACAAGUAUAGACAGUGGUGCUGGUACACCACAUAAUAUGAAAAAGUUUUUUAAGCGUAACUUUAAUAAAAGCGAGAAGAAAAUCGAAAACAAGGUAUUAAAACCGAAAGUGUUUUCUUGCGGCAUAGGCGGUACUAUGACAGACAGCGUUACUAUCCUUGCUAAUAAGCCUAUUUCCCCAAACGAAAGCAAAACGUUCAAAAUCAACGGAUCUGCUUUAUCACAUAACAAGGACAAUUUGUGUGAUGACAAAAAUAAAACGAUUCUUAAUCAGCAUUUUAGCUCGGACAGUGAAACUGUUUGCGAACAUUCUUGCAGCGAUGUCACAGUAACUGGGAGUGAAAAAGCUAAAGCAAAGCGAAGUCGAAGUUUCGGCGGGAAAGACAGUAAGAAAUGUCACAAGGAAGUCUCAUUUGCUUUGUUUGGUUCACCAACCCAUGGUUUGGAAGGUGAUAGUGACAAUGAUGACGACGGCAAUGAUGGUGAGGGACGAAAAAAUAACAAUUAUUUCAAGAAACGCAGUUAUUCAUUUGGAUAUUCCAAACGUCUACACAAAAGACCUGUUUACACUGAAAAGAAUGAACUAAAAAAGACAUCGGAAAGCAAAGGUCCUGUGAAUAACAAGGAAAACAGUUCUAACGCUAUAGACUUAGAUAAUUAUUCCUCAUAUGUGGACGUUGAGAAUUCUUUUGUCGAUGACAGCUUGCCUUUGCAUUUAACACUACAAGAUCAUCUUGUACAUCAACCUGACAUGAGACCAGUUCAGACCCAUCCACACGAGCAACUAUUUAAUUAUACCGAUUUGGGUAGUGCUUUGAGUUUGCAAGUGAAAACAGUGCCAUAUUCUGUGUGCGAUUUAGCGUCCCCACCUAAAAGUGUUUCUUUAGCAGCGGAACUUUGUGAAGCAUACGAUGUUAAAGAGUCGUGUGCUCAGAACGAUCAGGUGACUGAAAUAGAACAACUUGAUAGAAGUUUAUUAAGUCCUCGAUCAAGAAGAAAAUUUGGUGGCACUCCUUAUGAAAGUCAUUAUGUUGAAGAUCUUUUGGACGAUGUUAAAACUCGCGAUGAAAAUAUGAACGUUGCAGAAACAAAAAAUGUAUCAAAACAAUUUGAACUUGAACAUAAAAACGAUGGAAAAAAAGAAAAGAGUAAACUAAAGAAUAAUGUAAAGCUGAGAACGAGAUCUACGAAAUCGGCUGAACAAAGGAAAAAAGACCAAAAAGAGAGAAACUCGCUUUUAUUUGAAGAAAAACGCGCUUCAUUAAAAGUGAUGGGCAUAGUAUAGCAUUUGAGCGCAAAUUUCGACCACGCUAAGUAACUUGUAUAAUAAGUUAUAAGUGUUUAGGUUCUCCAGGUCACACCUUAAGCGUCACUGGAAUCCUUAAAUUUCAACCUUCAAUUAAUCAGGAUAAAUUUCUAUGCAGAUGAGAGCUGGGCUGGGUGUUGUGAACCUGCUGCUAAUUAAAAAAAACACACACUGAAACUAUCGACGCCGACAUUUAUAAAAUGAAAUCACUUGAUAAGUUAAAAUCGUUACACAAAUUUAAUUUGUGCGGCAUGUGGCUGCUAAAAGAAAGUGAAUUUUCGUAAGAAUUAUUUUUCUUCAAAACUUUUUGUAUGCUGCGUUUUCAUUUUUGGUAACAUCGAGAGAUUAAAUAUAGGUCAGAAAUCUUACUUUCUUUGGCAAAAAUUGAUUUAUGCAACAAAUCUAUUAAAAUUUGGGGUAAACCUCAUAUGUAGCUAAAUGAUUAAAAACAUGCAUUUAAUUGUACGCGAUGUGAGGGGAACUACGCCAGCUUUGAUUCGCAUUCAAUUUUUCUGUUUUUCGUUUAAAGGUAGAUAAAUAGGUAGAUAAUAGAUACCUGCUAACUUUUGUUAGUUAGUGAUUUUUACCAACAAAAGUUAACAGGUAUCGAUUUGUGAAGAUUUCUAUUCGCAAAAUCUUUUAGUUUGGCACAAUUGCGAAUGUUUGUCUUCGCGUAAAGCAAAAACUUCGCGAAUUUUCAAUUUGCGAAUGUUCUGUCCGCAAAAGUUUCUUCCUCUUGUUAUCACGUUAUACGCACAUAACUUGAUUAUCAUGCGGAAUUGUUUUCUUUGACACUAUUGUUUGUAUAUAACAUAUAUUACUCUUUAUUUUUCACACUUGUUUUUUUAUUAACAUCCUAUAUUUUUAUAAGUGCUAUAUAAUUCUCUCUUUUUAUGAGCAUUAUUUAUGCAGAGACUUUCUGCAACUUUGACUUCAUGACACUUUUAAUAACUUUUAGACUUAUUUUUUACCAUUAAUUGCAUGUUUAUUUGCCUUUAAAUUUUUGCCAAACGAUUUUUUAAGGAAAGCUGAUGUAACAUUAAGUUUUACACAUUACACUUUUAACAGGGGCAGUGCAUAUUAUCUGCUCCUUUAAGCAAAUAUGUACUCCAUCCUACAGAAAAGAUCUAUUACAGCCGUCUUUCUAUAAUGAAUUCUUAUUUCCCCUGCUAUUUUCAGUUACUUAAAUCGUAACCCAUCAAAUGCCAUAAAUUUGUUUACCCGUUUUCAUAAUGAUUUUAAAGGAUGUUCACAAGGACGUGAGCUGGCAUGAUAACCUGAGCUUGUUUGCUUCGCAAAGAUCUUGCUGUUGUUUUAACUUUGAAAUAGAACAUUGGUUCUUAUAAGCGACUCAACCUACCCUGUAAUUUUGGCUGAUUAUGUCCGAUGAAUUUGAUUUUCAAACAAAUUUCGUACCUGCAAAUAAAUACAAAGGGACUAGUGAUGACGCUAGGUAUGUUUAUUUUAAUUUAAAGAGCUAUUUAUUUAUUUAUUUGUUAAUUUAUUCGAUGCCAAUUUACGUUUUUAUUUUUCUGCAUGAUUCAUUUAUUUCAGUUGUAACUAUUUAAAAUCAAUGUAAUAUAUUUUUUCAUCACCUAAUUGAUUCUUUUCUAUUUUUUUUUUUUUUUUGUGUGUAGCCGCGUUUUACACUGUUAUUACCCAGUCAUAGCAAAGAAAAUCACUCAAUAUAAUUUUAUUUUGUAUAAUAAGUUUCCGUGAAAAUUGUACACACAGCUAUGAUAGUAAUUACACCUUACAUUUAGCAUAAGUGGAUGAAAUUUCUCAUGGUCUAAUUUUCGAAAAAGUACAUUUCGUGAGGAUUAAUUUUAGCGAAU